AGGACUCUUCCCUGUGUUGUUAAUGAACAUUAUUGUAAUCCGUAGGAACCUGACAUUACAUUACCAGAAUGGCAUAUCAUAAUUUGACUGUCUCGGCCAAUCACAGCUCGGGUUCAGGAAACUUCUACAGACCCUUCUCAGUGUUCAGUGUGCUGACAUUGACGCUCCUCGCCAUGCUUGUUAUUGCCACUUUCGUGUGGAACGUGUUGGUGCUGGUGACCAUUCUCAGGGUGAGGACCUUCCACCGUGUGCCCCAUAACCUGGUGGCAUCUAUGGCCAUCUCGGACGUGAUGGUUGCCGCGCUGGUGAUGCCCCUCAGCCUGGUGCACGAGCUGAACGGCCGGCAGUGGAAACUGGGGCGGGUGCUCUGCCAGGUGUGGAUCUCUUUCGAUGUCCUCUGCUGCACCGCAAGCAUCUGGAACGUCACAGCCAUCGCCCUGGACCGCUACUGGUCCAUCACCAGACACUUAGAGUAUACCCUGAAGACGCGGAAAAGGAUUUCCAACAUCAUGAUCGUCCUCACCUGGCUUUUGUCCUCGGUCAUCUCCCUGUCUCCGCUCUUUGGAUGGGGCGAAACUUAUUCGGAAGAGCACUUGGAGUGUCAAGUCAGCCAGGAGCCUUCGUACACCAUCUUCUCCACAUUCGGGGCCUUCUACUUGCCGCUUUGUGUUGUACUGUUUGUUUACUGGAAGAUCUACAAAGCUGCGAAAUUCCGCAUUGGAUCCAGAAAAACAAACACCAUUACUCCAAUGGCUGAAGUUAUUGAGGUGAAAGAGGCGGCCCACCAGCCGCAGAUGGUGUUCACGGUCCGCCAUGCCACCGUCACCUUCCAGACGGAUGGGGACACAUGGCGGGAGCAGAAGGAGAAGAAGGCGGCGCUGAUGGUGGGCAUCCUCAUCGGGGUCUUCGUCCUCUGCUGGAUCCCGUUCUUCAUCACGGAGCUCAUCAACCCCCUCUGCUCCUGCGACAUCCCGCCCAUAUGGAAGAGCAUCUUCCUCUGGCUGGGCUACUCCAACUCCUUCUUCAACCCCCUCAUAUACACGGCCUUCAACAAGAACUACAACAACGCCUUCCGGAACCUGUUCUCUCGGCAGCGCUGAGGAGCUGAAAGGCCACAGGGUUUCG